AUGACUUUCCGUCACCUCUUGAGCGUCACUUUCGAAGGACCCCGGCCGGACAUCAGCGCCGGGGGCUCGAGCGCGGGCAACAGCGGGGCCGGCGCGGGCAGCACGGCCUCCUCUGAGAGCCCAGCAGUGGGCAGCGUGCCGGGGGCAGCAGGCGGAGGCUCCAGCGGCGGCGGCGUGGUGGGCGCGGGCGGAGGCGAGGAGAACCAGAGCUCAGCAGGAGAACCGGGAGGCGCGGGUGGCGGUGGGGGUGGCGAGGUGAACGGCACGGCGGCGGCCGUCGGGGGGCUAGUGGUGAGUGCGCAGAGUGUGGGCGUGGGGGUCUUCCUGGCAGCUUUCAUCCUCACGGCCGUGGCGGGCAACCUGCUCGUCAUCCUCUCAGUGGCUUGCAACCGCCACCUGCAAACCGUCACCAACUACUUCAUCGUGAACCUGGCCGUGGCCGACCUGCUGCUAAGCGCUGCCGUGCUGCCCUUCUCGGCCACCAUGGAGGUCCUGGGCUUCUGGGCCUUUGGCCGGGCCUUCUGUGACGUGUGGGCUGCUGUGGACGUACUAUGCUGCACCGCCUCCAUCCUCAGCCUCUGUACCAUCUCCGUGGACCGCUACGUGGGCGUGCGCCACUCGCUCAAGUACCCGGCCAUCAUGACAGAGCGCAAGGCAGCCGCCAUCCUGGCGUUGCUCUGGGCCGUGGCCCUGGUGGUGUCCAUGGGGCCGCUGCUGGGCUGGAAGGAGCCCGUGCCCCCGGACGAGCGCUUCUGCGGCAUCACCGAGGAAGCGGGCUACGCCGUCUUCUCUUCCCUGUGCUCCUUCUACCUGCCCAUGGCCGUCAUCGUGGUCAUGUACUGCCGCGUGUAUGUGGUGGCGCGCAGCACCACGCGCAGCCUCGAAGCAGGCGUCAAGCGCGAACGCGGCAAGGCCUCCGAGGUGGUCCUGCGCAUCCACUGCCGGGGCGCGGCCGCCGGUGCCGGUGCCGGUGCCGGUGCCAGCACGGACGGGGCACCGGGGGGCACGCGCGGCACCAAGGGGCACACGUUCCGCAGCUCACUGUCGGUGCGCCUGCUCAAGUUCUCCCGCGAGAAGAAGGCGGCCAAGACCCUGGCCAUUGUCGUGGGCGUCUUCGUUCUCUGCUGGUUCCCCUUCUUCUUCGUUCUGCCGCUAGGCUCCCUGUUCCCGCAGCUGAAGCCAUCGGAGGGCGUCUUCAAGGUCAUCUUCUGGCUGGGCUACUUCAACAGCUGUGUGAACCCGCUCAUCUACCCGUGCUCCAGCCGCGAGUUCAAGCGCGCCUUCCUCAGGCUGCUGCGCUGCCAGUGUCGCCACCGCCGCCGCCGUCGCCCCAUCUGGCGCGUCUACGGCCACCACUGGCGGGCCUCGAGCACCGGGGCAGGUCCGCACCCUGACAGCGCCUCCAGCCCUGGCGCCGUGCUGCCCGGGGUCCCGCUGGCCCUCACCGGCCCCGGUUGCCCCGCUGCGUCCGAGGGGCCGGCUGCGGCCACUGGCGGGCGUCGCAAGGCGCCCUCGGCCUUCCGCGAGUGGCGGCUGCCCGGGCCCCUGAGGAAGCCCACCACGCAGCUGCGGGCCAAGGUCACCAGCCUGUCGCACAGGAUUCGAGCUGGGAGCGCACAGCGCGCCGAUGCCCCGAGCGCGAUGCGUUCGGAAGUGGAGGCGGUGUCCCUGCGUGUGGCCCAGCACGUCGCCGAGGGCACCACCUGCCAGGCCUACGAGUUGGCAGACUGCAGCGACCUCCAAGAGACUGACAUUUAA